GACUCGCCCUCGCAGGCGGCAGUCGUUGCGCGACAUGGGAGCGCGAUGGUCGCAGGCACGCAGCGGCCGCCCCUGACAGCCGCCUCCGACUCUGCCUCCGCCCCCGACGCUUCCGCCGCCGGUCGCAUGCACCGCCGCCUCCAGCGCAGUCCGCGGCUGCUGCUGGCGCCGCUGCUCGCCGCCGCGUGCCUCAUACACGCCGGGGUGGUGGGCGUGACGAUCACGGACAUGCGCGUCCCCUCCGAGGUGCGGAACGGGUCGACGGCGGCGGUGGUGCUGGACUGCGAGUACUCGCUGCGGCCCGAGGAGCAGGGCGCCGACUCCGGGCUGGUGGUCAAGUGGUUCUUCAACAACAGCCCCGAGCCGGUCUACCAGUGGAUUCCCGGCCAGAAGCCGCAGGACCUGGGAAUCCUGCGCGGCCGCCUCAAGCUGGCGCACCGCGCCUCCACUAGCCACGCCAGCAUGCACCGCGCCCUCUACAUCGUCCGGCCCACCACCGAGCUCAGCGGCGAGUACCGCUGCUCCGUCUCCACCUUCAAGGACGAGGACUUCAUGACCAAGAAGAUGAUUGUCUACGCGACGGAGAAGAGCCUGCGGCUGCAGCCCUACAAGCCGACCGGCGACUCGGUGAACGUGUCGUGCCGCGCCCAGGGCGUCUUCCCGGAGCCAAAAAUGGUCCUCUACAAGUACAGCGACGGCGACCCCAAGCCGCAGCCGAUGCAGGACGUGACGGUGUCGACGCAGCGGCGCGACGGCGGCUUCGACAUCUCGGCGCACAAGCUGCUCUUCGACCGCGAUCUGCCCGACUCGGCGACUUUCGCGUGUGAGCUGCGCGUGCCCAGCACGCGGUACUCGGUCCGCAAGAGCCUCGUCUACUACCCCGGAGCCGACAACCCUCUUCCUAUGUUGGACAACGGCGCGUGGAGGCGGCGCGCGCCGCCCCUCUGGUCGCUGCUGAUUGCCUCCUCCUCCGCCCUCGCAGCCGCCGGGGCCAGCCUCUCCAGCUCCGCCGCCCGCUGCUGAGGACUCAGGUCGGCACGAGCGCAGCCCGAGAUCAACUUGUUGGAGGCGACCGGUGUCGACAGCGGCUCGCAGCCCACGGCGGCGCCAGCGACGGAAGCAGCGGCAGUGACUCUGCUGGACACAGGCGAGCAGUCGACGUCGUCGACGGCGAUGCUGCGCGGGCGAGUGCCGGUGGUUCGAACUGUGCCCGCCCCGUGUCGCACGGCUGGCCGGAUAGAGCAGCAACACAAAAAGAGACUUCGUCAGAAAUAUUUUUGCUCUACUUUUUACAUGGUUACCGAUAUGUAGUGUGUAUUUUUUACCUACUGCUUUGUAAUAUAUAAUUAUCUAUUGUAUAGAACUGCUAAAUGUAUCGACAGGGUAAAAAACAUUAAAACUGAUGCCAAAAAUGUUGAUAAGAAUAUUUGAUUAAAUAUUUUCAAACUGUUAUAAAUAAAUAUUAAUGUGUUGAAAUGUAACAAAAAAUCGAUCAUUUCAUAUAUGCCUCUUAUAAUAAUGUUGUUAAGUAUUGAUUAUUUAACUAAGGUUACCAUACAUAUGUUUCAAUUCAAAUUAUAAUACGUGAUAUCAGAUUUAAAAUAUAAUCCAGAACUGUGUUUUGAAA